GCCGCCGCCGCCGCCGCCGGGCCCGUCCCGGAGCCUGGGGGCCUCAGAUCCGGCGGAGGGGGCGGGGCGGGGGUGCCGGAAGCCGCGUCACGAGCCACGGCGGCCGGACCGGAAGUGGCGGAGGGCCCCGAUGGAGCUGCCGGCGGCGGCGGCGGAAGAGACCCAGCAACUGCGCAGCCUGCGGGACUUCCUGCUGGCCUACAACCGCCUGACCGAGUCCUGCUUCCAGCGCUGCGCCUGCGACCUCGGCCACCGCGCCCUCUCCCGCCGGGAGGAGUCGUGCCUGGACUGCUGCGCGGGGAAGCUGCUGCGCUCCAACCACCGCCUGAUGGCCGCCUACGUCCGCCUCAUGCCCGCCCUGCUCCAGCGCCGCCUGGCCGACCAGGCCCCCGACCCCGCCCGGGACCCCGGCCCCUCGCCCCCCCGCGCCGCCGCCGCCGCCGCCGGGCUUCCUCCCGAGUAGGGUCUGGCCGGGCGGGGGACACACAGGGACAUCCCUGCAAGACCCACAGACGCCACCCUCGUCCGUGGCCAGCACUGCUUGAACGCAGCAGCCCCCCACGUGGCCCCUGGCGCCCCCCACCACACCCAGGGGCCUUUAUGUGCAGCCUGGCAGGCCUCUGACUUCCUUCUGCGCCUUCCAGCCAAGGCGCCCUUUUGAACACCGUGUUCAGCCGUGGGUGGGGGCAGCUGGCCGUUUGCGCGAGUGCUGCACUUAAAAGUAUUGGGCGGUCAGUGUUCCCAGUUGGCGCCACCAUGUCUGCAUCUCCGCCAGGUCCCGGGGCUGGCUCGGAGCAACACGGCCCGAAGGCGUGACGUUUGGAGUUGGUUCUCCGGCCACCUGCUCCUCCCACACGGCCGCCGGUGCUGCCCAGGAGUCCUGCUUCGAUACAGGCUGAUCCAAGCCCACAUUUGCCCAAGCAGUUUGAAGGCAGUUGAAGCCACCCAGUAUUGCAGCAAUGCCAGCUGCUAUAUUCUGUUCUUCUCCACCUUGAGACCAGACCCACUGGUUUCAGUCAGCGGCAAUAAUAUCCCCUGUUUCCAAGUAGCCCUUCUAACUCAGCAUCUCCACUUCGCGCAAUUUUUGUGGGGGAGUUUAUCCCCGAAUUAUUUUCCAGCUUAUUUGACUUUGUGCUGCCUCUCGUUUGCAGCACAACACAUGUGUAGUGUUUAUAUCCAGAGAUAACCACGUCUAGUUGAUUGUCUUCAUUUCAUCACUGUGUCAAAGGUGGGGAUUUCUGACCGACCCGCAUCCCUGCGAGGAUGCCGUCCCCUGACCGGGGGCCUUGGAAUAAAUCUCCUUCCAAUAGGUUGACCACAA